AUGGCUGCAGACAAGGGGGCUGGAAGCGCUGAAGCCGUGGAGCGGGUUCUACCCGUGUUGUUGGUGCCGGUCCCCGCCGAGGCAACAGGGCGUCUGGGAUCCCGGGCGCAGCUGCACAGGGAGCAGGAGGUUCUGGGGAGCCUGACGGCUGCAGGCAGCCUUCACGUGCUUCCCUUGGCGCCCGGCGGCCGGGGCGGGGGCGGCUGCCUCCUGGAAGGCCCUUUUCGGCAGUUUGUAUGGGAGGACUCUCAAAACAGUGGGACACCAACAGACAAGCCCAGACUGCUUGCUCUUAGUGAAAAUAAUGCACUGCUCAUCUGUGAAUUUAAUUUGAAAGAUGGAAGAUGUGAUGCAACCAUUUCAUAUAGCUAUACUGAGGAGACAUUGCGAAAGCUCAUUGAAGAUCAAAUUAUCAGUAUUUCCUUAUUAUCUUUGAGAAUUCUGUCAUUUCACAGUAACACAUCAUUAUUGUUCAUCAAUGAAUAUAUCAUCCUGCACAUUAUAUUUCCUGAAAGAGAUGCUGAGAUUAGGGUACUCAGCUGUUUCACAUUAUCCUUGCCUGCACAGGCAGUGGACAGGAUUAUUGACACACAGCUCUGCAGAGGAAUUCUUUUUGUUUUGAGUCAUUUAGGCUGGAUCUACAUUUUUGACACUGUGGAUGGUAGACAUGUAGCUCAUGUGGAUUUGGCACUUCCUCAAGAAGAUAUGUAUAAUGAGCAGCAGCAAGAGCCAGCCAAGAGUUCUUCCUUUACUUCACUGAAAGUGUCUCAAGACCUAGAUGUUAUAGUGAUUGUCAGCUCCUCCAACACUGCAAUUGCUCUUAACUUAAAUUUGUAUUUCAGGCAAUACCCAGGACACCUACUAUGUGAAAGAACACUAGAAGACAUUCCUAUUGAAGGCCCUAAGGGGAUAGAUGAAGAUGAUCCUGUUAAUUCUGACUACAACAUGAAACUGACCAAGUUUUCCUUCCAAGUUGAUCGGUCUUGGAAAGCCCAGCUGUCAUCACUGAAUGAAACAAUAAAGAACUCCAAGCUGGAAGGUACCUGUUGUGCUCCGUGGUUCCAGGAUAUUUUGCAUUUGGAGCCCCCUGUAUCUGGUAACCACAGUACCAGUGUGCCAAACUGGGCCUUCACUCCACAGGAUGUAAUGUGCAGCCAGUAUAGUUUUCCACAGAAAGGUCCUGCCAAGACCAGUGAUUCAGGAAGAUCAUGGAAAAGAAUACACAUCAGUGAACAGGAGGAACCCCUUGAGCUUACAUGUAUGUCUGUGACAGGCUUCACUGCGCUGUUUACUUGGGCAGUUGAAAGGACGGGCUGUACCAUUGUCCUGUGGGAUUUGGAGACCCAGAGCAUGCAGUGUUUUUCGCUGGGCAAGAAGUGUAUUCCUGUAGACAGUGGUGGAGACCAGCAACUGUGCCUUGUUUUGACAGGUGAGAAUGUCUUGUAUCAGGUUGAAAUCCAUGCUGAGAG